AUGAAGAUCUCGGCAGUAGUCCUCGGCCUCGCCGUCAGUGUUUCCGGCCAUGCCAUCUUCCAGAAGCUCUCGGUCAACGGCGUCGACCAGGGCGCUCUGAAGGGGGUCCGGGCCACCUCCAGCAACAACCCGAUCCAGAACGUCAACGACGGCGGCUUCGCUUGCAACAACAACAUCCAGUACAAGGACAGCAACGUCAUCUCCGUCCCGGCGGGCGCCAAGGUCGGUGCCUGGUGGGGGCAUGUCAUUGGAGGUCCCCAGGGGAGCAACGAUCCCGACCAUCCCAUCGCUGCGAGCCACAAAGGUCCCAUCAUUGCUUACCUCGCCAAGGUCGACAACGCCGCAAGCACCGGCACGGCCGGACUCAAGUGGUUCAAAGCCGCCGAGGCCGGUCUCAGCGGGAGCACGUGGGCCGUCGAUACCAUGAUCGCCAACGGAGGAUGGCACUACUUCACGCUGCCCUCGUGUGUCGCCCCCGGCGACUACUUGUUGCGAGUGGAGCUCAUCGCCCUGCACGGAGCCUCGGUCCAAGGCGAGGCGCAGUUCUACAUGGGAUGCGCGCAGAUCCGCGUCACUGGCUCCGGGAACAACGCCGGCUCCAGCUUCGUCAGCUUCCCCGGCGCCUAUUCCGCAUCGCACCCCGGCAUUCUGGUCAGCAUCUACGACAACACCGGCAGGCCCACCAACGGCGGCCGACCCUACUCGAUCCCGGGCCCCGCCGUCAUCAGCUGCUCCGGCGGCAGCGGCGGCAGCGGCGGCGGCGGCUCCCCACCUCCUACGUCGUCGAGCCCGCCCCCAACCAGCUCGGCACCGUCCAACAGCGGGGGCUCCGGCGCGCCCCUCUACGGACAAUGCGGCGGAAAGGGGUGGACCGGUGCGACUACGUGCGCGACUGGCACCUGCAAGGUCUCGAACGAGCACUACAGUCAGUGUUUGCCGUAA